UCUCACUCUACAAGAGUAACAGUAACAAUCUUCAUCAUCUCGAUUGACUGUCUUCCACUUUGAAAGAAGAAAGAAAGAGACGAUAAUCUCUUUUAUCAUCAGUGAGUCAGUGAGAAUGAUGAUGAACAUCGAGUUCUGUAAACAUCGAAAUGUUUUGUUACGAUUAUUUUCCAUCAAUUGAACAUUCCGAUCAUUAGAGAGAAAGGAGAAAAAAAAAGGAAGAGAGAGAAUUCGUGAAGCAUUUAUCAUCAUUCUCUCUUUUUGUGUAUAUGUGUGUCUCUCUCUCUCUCUCCCAUUUAUCUUCCUCAUCAUCACCGUCAUUGAGAGUGAAAAGUUACACUAAGAAAAAGAGUUUAGAAAACUUUUCUUCAACUUUGUUAUGUUUAUCGAACUAAUUUUAAGGCCAUUUUCCUUUUUCUAUCGAUCGUCAUAACCUGGUCAUCUUUUCCUAUCAUCAUCUUCUUAAUUGUUAACUUAAUUUCUAGGUCAUCAUAAGUUAAUCAAUAAGAAUCUUCAUCUCAUCACCAACAACAACAAUCAACUAAUCAUCACGAACGGAUAUUCCUAAAUUAAUGUGAUUUGUUUAUUUUCAUUUCCAUUUUAAUGAUCAACUAAUUAUUAUUAUAACUUUCUAAUUGUUUCUAUGCGCGAAUCAACAAUUGACAAAACUUCAAUUAAGUAAAAUUUGAUUGUAAAUUGUUUUCGCUUAAUUUUUUUUUGUCAACUUAAUCUAAAUUUAAUUGUGAAUCAAGUGUUAAUCUGGUUCCAAAGUGGUUUGUCUCAACGGAAUUAAUAACUCGGCCUUUACUGGUCUAUUUGAGUUGAUGCUCAAAUGUUUCUCAUCUAAUCAAACUAAAUCAUCUUCAUCGACCUUAUCAUCAACAGCUAAAUCCUUUAAUCCAUCAUCAUCAUUGUCAUCAUCAUCAUCAUCAGCUUCAUCAGCAACCUACUCAAUUCCUUAUCAUCUUAAUUAUCAUCUCAAUAGUCAAAAACCUCAGGAAAUUGGAGAUAUGAAAAAUAAAUUUGAUUGUCUAAAGAUAAUCCCGAUCCUAAUCCGGUUCGGGUUAAUCCUUUUUCGGGUUCAAGUGCUUUAAGGGGUAAAGUUGCUGUUGAGGGUGGAGGUGGUGGUGGUGGUGGUGAUGGUGGUGGUGGUGUCACCAUGAAUCCCAAUGGAGGUAAAUCAGCAUCAAAGGUUGUCGUUAAUCAGCCAUCACAAUUAAAAUCGGAUAAUAAAUCAACUACUGGCCUUGGAUUAAACUCUCGGAAUGAGAUUAAAUCAAAGGAAUCCGUUAAAUUGGAAAGUUCACAACCUGAGAUGAUUAGUCGACGAGAUAUAUUAUUACGUGCUAAACAAGCUGAACAAUCAAAGAGCCAAAGAAAGGUUCUUAAUUGUGAUUUAGAUGAUGAGGAUAUUUGGCAUGAUAAAGAUAAACUUUGUCAGGAUCACAUUGAAGAAGUUAUCAAUAAAUGGGAACAAAUUGACGAUGAAAUUUGGGCGAAAGUAAUUUGUAUGGAGAAAAAUCGUCGAGUGGCCAAGGCUUAUGCUCGUUUACCUUUUUUAAUUGUCGACGGGUCGGAUAUUGGUUUCGAUGGAAUCAGAGUUGGUCUUAAAGGUUUCGAGAAUCUUGAUCGACCUGAUAAAACAAAAGAAAUGCUCGAUACCCUUGGAGAGGGAGUUAAAAUAAAAAUGGACGACAAGGGUAAUAUAUUAAUUAAAAGGGUCGGUCGAUGUUCAGUUUAUGUGAAAAGUUUGACCAAUUCACCGGAUGGAUUAGGUUCUUGUCUUGGUAAAGACAUAAUUGAAUCUAAAGGUAAAUUAGAGUAUAAAAAGGUAUCAACUCUUUUCGAUAUCCGCUCGUUCCAGGCCAGUAUCACCGCUGAACUUAAGACCACUUAUCCGCAAGCUAGAAAAUUGGAGUCACAAUGUAUAACUGCGAUUACCUUUGGUAAAGAAUCGGGAAAUAUUGACCUUAUGGAAUCGCCUUCGUGGAUCAUGAUAAUCAACAUAGUUGCUCUUGAAUUGUUACGAAGUGAAUUACCUACAGUUAAUUUGGUUAAUUCAAUUAAUCAAUCACUUGUUUCUUUGGUGAAAAAUGGUGGACGAUCUCAUCAUAAUCAUAACCACUUAAAACAAUCAACUAAUAGCCCAAAGGGUCGUGAGGUUAUAACAAAUGACCGGAAGGGUAACAAUAACAAUAAUAAUAAUAAUAUCAAUGGCGAUGGUGGAUCAAUAAUUGAAGGUAAUUCUGUUUAUCAAUUAAUUGCAUACGAAGCAGGAUUAAUAGGUAAAAAUGGUAAAGGUCAAAGCAUAUUGACCAAUGGUAAACCUUCAACAGGUAAAUCCGAGCUGAAGAUUAGUAAAUCAUCAGUUAACAGUAAUAAAGGUGAUAAAUUAAAUCGUAAUCCAUUGAACCGAAAUCAAUUGAAAUCCAUUGGUUGUAAACUUCGUCUUCCUGAUCCUGAUUAUGAUUAUGAAUUACCACCGAUUCGGGAAUCAACUCUUCUUCGUAAAGAGGAUCCAUAUUAUUGUGGUCUAAGUGCUAAGGUUUCUCAUGGAUUACGAGAGAAACGAGAAAAUGGUCAAACCAAUGGACAAAACAAGAUUUAUAAGCCAGUUAAAAAUCGAAGCAAAUAUCCACUAAUUAGUAGAUUCUAUUCAUAUUCAUCUUCCGAUUCUUCACCAAGCAGUUGUGAGACAUCCUACUCAACUAUUUACAAUAGCAUAAGUGAUGGAUCAACCAGACUUGAUAUGAAAACUGGACGAUAUUAAUUAACUGCAACAAGGACAUUGAUGAUAAUGAUGUCGAUGAUGAUGAUGAUGAUGAUGAUGAAGAAAAUUGUUAAAAUUGUCUCUCUCUCACUCUGCUUGAGUUAUGUGCGAAACAUAUACCGGGCGAAAUUGUAACUGCCAACAAUGAGAAAUUAGAUAAA